GUUUGAAGUUACCGGACCUGCGAGCAGCUUCUGCACCCUGCACAGGGCAGGACAGAGCCGUGUCUCCUUUCAGCUUCUGCGGAGGAUGAGUAAAGAAAGCUGCUCUGUUUUCUAAACUAGACAAGUCUCGCUUUAUUUCUAUCCUUUAAGUCUCGUCGAGGAACUCGCUCAUGCUCGCUGGUUCAACGCAGUCGACCUGCCGUUAGAUACGUGCUGCGGUUAACGUGAGCGUCGGCAGGAACUUUCCAAAACAACCUUAGCUUACGUGCUGUUAAACCCAUAGUUUGGUAUUUUAAUUAUUGUUCUGUAUUACAAGGGUCGCACGGUAAUACCACCGUGGAUGUUGUGUUUGCUGACCCUCCGGCAGAGCUCCGUAAAGGAUUGCAGCACUGGGAUGAUUUUGAUGGAGUGAGACAUUGCUGUCAAGGGAAAUCUACAAGAAAGCUGAUAUCUAGGUUAGGACAAUUGAAGUAGCAACUUGGAAUCUUCUCACCUGCAUUCGAACCCUGAACUGAAUUGAACUGCAUAAUGGAUGGAAUAGACACCUUGCAGAGCUCGGCCCCAGAGACCAAGGCUGAGCGAAUUGCUCGCUAUAAGGCAGAGAGGAGAAGGGAGCUUGCCGAGCGCUAUGGCAACACAGAUGAAUUCACCUCCAAAUAUGUCCGCAGGGACAGGAAAAUUGUCGACACAUCCGAAACAGUGUCUUCAGAAGCCAAGGAGAAGGUAAAAUGUGAGGAUAAUGGAUCAGAGCAAACUUAUACCAGGAGGGGCCUCAGGAAUAAAGUAGCAGAACCUGCUGAUGAGCCUGCCCAGGAAAAAGAGGGUACUACUCAGACAGACACAAUUUUGUCCUCUAAAUCAGAAGCUGUCUCCUCCAAUAAGAUGCCCUCUCACUUCAGGCUAGCGGAAACUGAUGACACAGAGGAGCCAAAGGUUGACGAGAAGCCUGUGGAAUCAGCCAAGAGGACUUCCAAGAUGUCUCUUUUUAAGGACAUGGAGGGGGCAGAGGAUGGAAGCAGCGGCCGAUCUGCUGACAGGCUAAAGUGUCAGCUAAUUAGCAGCGACGAAGAGGAAUCCUCGACCAGCCUUUCCAAAACUGAUAUAAGCAAAGUAAUGGAUGAGAAAGAGGCCACAGAUGAAGCUGAAGAUGAGUGUGAAUAUGCUGCCACUGAGGAAGAAAAGAAGCCUUCUAGCCUCCACUCUGACAGAGCUCUCCCCCUCAACAAGAACAGAGACGCCUCCCCCCCUCCGUCUCCUCCCUGCCAGCUUGCCUCACUUCAGCGCCAAGACUCAGGGCCACGAGGCAUCAAGGGAAUCCUAAAGAAAAGCCGCUCCACCAGCGUGGAGUCGGACCACAGCGAGGGCUCGACGCAGGACUGCGCGCCAGCCCGACAAAGCAGUGUCACUCUCAGCCACCCCGAGAGCGAGGAGGAGAUGGAGGAGAUGGAGGAGGAUGAGGAGAAGGAGGCAGAGGAGAUGGAGGACGAGGCCAAUGGGGAAAAUGAAAGAGAGGAUGAGUCAUUAACUGAUGAUAUCACAGAUGGAGGGAGCUUCAGCAUCAGUAGACAACAGACUGGGGGAAGCAGCAGUAGCAGUAGAGGGAGCUAUGAGGAGAUGCGGAGUCCCUCGCCUGACGAGAGCCUGGAGCAGAGGUCCACAGUGUCAGAGGAUGUUGAAGACCUGGACAGCAGUUUGAAUGGAAGCCAGGGCUCCUUACUCAAACAAAGACUGGCAGACUUCACUAGCGAUGGUGAGAAGAAGGACAGACUGAAGAAGGCAAAGCCAACCGAGCUGAUCCAGACAUCACUGGCUGAUCGCUUCGGUCAGCUCCAAGAUGCGGAAAAUUCCUGGAGGAAAAAGAAGUCCGGUGUAGAUGUGGAGCCCAAGAUGUCGCUGGCGGAAAGGAUGAAGAUCCUUAAAGACAAGGAGGAGCAGUGGAAAAACAAAGGCAAAGGAGCAGCCAACGACUCCACCCAGUUCACUGUGGCCGGACGCAUGGCCAAGAGAGGUCUUGUGUCAGAUACGGGAAAAGAAGAGUCUCCCCUUAUCUUUCUCAAGAAGUCCAAUGCCACACCUGUGAAGCCACACGAAGAAAUCUCCAGUAGAACUGAUGUCAAGGUGGAAGGAGAUAAAAGGCUUGACAAGCUCGAGUCUUUCCUCGACAAGCUCCACAAUAAAGGCGUGAGCAAAAGCAAGACAUCCACCAUCGAGGUGACGGAAGAGAGGGAGAAAGAAGUGAUGACUCUGGAUGAUGACGAGACAUUCGGCAACUUCUACAAAGCUGUCUCACCCUCGGCCCUCCAGGACUCCAGUGUGGUUCUGACGGAGGAGGACCUCUGCCAGAUCCAGGCCGAUACACCAAAGCUCACAUCAGCUGUAGCAGAACACAAGCGAGCAGUGCGACCAGCCAGAAGGAACCAGGGCUCCAGGAACCCUCUGCGGGCUCUGGCUGCCCGCAACGACAUCCGCCAGGUCUACACCGAGCAGAGGCUUAACGUAGCCACAGUGGAGACCAAGAGGAUCCAAGUGGAGAGGAUGGCGAAACACUCCAGAACAAACCUGGCUGAUGUGGCCUUGGCGGGUCUUGCCAGCAAGGAGAACUUCCGCAAGGUCAACCUGCGCAAUGUGAAGUCCACCGAUGUUGUCACCAACAACAGUGCGCUGCCUUUCAACAAGCUCAUGCUCAUUCGCAUUAAAGGUCGGAGGCAUGUGCAAGUGCGCUUGAUGGAGCCCACAGCCCGCUCUCUAAACAGCGGCGACUGCUUCCUUCUCAUAUCGCCAAAACACUGCUUCAUGUGGAGCGGCGAGUUUGCCAACGUUAUUGAGAAAGCCAAGGCGUCAGAGAUGGCGUCGUUUGUUCAGGCCAAGAGGGACCUUGGGUGUAAGGCCCCCCAGGUGACAGUGCUGGAGGAGGGCAUCAACACUGACAGCAGAUGGGCCAGAGAGUUCUGGAGCCUGCUGGGAGGACAGACCCAAUACAGAGGGGCAGGAGAGCCAGAGGAGGAUGAGCUGUAUGAGAGUGGUGUGUUAGACUCUAAUGGUGUGUACAGACUUCAGGGAGACAAACUGGUGCCUCAUGAAGAUGCCUGGGCCUCCAUCCCAAGUGUCUCCUUGCUCAACUCUAAAGAGGUCUUAGUGUUUGAUUUUGGCAGCGAAGUGUAUGUCUGGCAUGGAAAGGAUGUGCCCUUGAGUGACAGAAAGGUUGCUGUGAAACUGGGCAAACAGCUCUACAGCGGCAGUUACGACUACAGCAACUGCAGAGUCAACCCUUUAGAUUCUUCCUGCACGAAUGAGGAUGUGCCUCAGCAGGGGGAGGGUCGUCCGAGCUGGACUCUGUUUGGCCGACUGUCGGAGCACAAUGAGACGGCCCUGUUCAGAGAGAAGUUCCUGGACUGGGCUGAGAGGAAGAAGGAGGAAGCAGCUCUAGCCGAGGAAGUCAAGGUAGACCAGAUUAGACUAAGGGCAUUUGCAUAUAAUAGCGAGGAGGAAAAGAGCCUCCAUGCUUCUCCAGCUCUUCCAGGGAGGUUGAUCAUCCACAAGGGAGUAGAGAAAUGCCGAAUACCAGGUACAUGCAAGACUCUAUAUGGACAAGUUGUUGCUAAUCCCCGCUCAGGAUUUGAGUGGCUGGAGAUGUUCUGCGGUCCCCUGGCGGGCAGCGGAGGUGGAAGCAUCACUGGUGAGGUACGAUUGCCCAGCAUGCCAGCCCAUGCGCGAUCUCGCGUCAAGCUGGUGCGCGUGUCUCACCGCUCGCAAGGCGCCUACUACAUGGGCCACCGGCUGUCCGAACCGCACACGCCAAGUGCCGCAGCAGGAUGGCCAAGACCUGCGAAAAGUGUCCUCCAGAGUUUAGGCCUGAGCAGCGGCAGCAGCGUCAAAGUGGAGGAGUGGAGGAAGGCGCAUUCGCUGGUGCCGCUCGGGAUGUUCGACGGAGGGAGGAGCACGUAUGCAGCCAGGGUGACGGAGGGAAUCUUAUCUAACUCUCACGCUAUUGCUUCUCCAGCCCUGUUCCUGCUGGAUAACCGGAUGGAGGUGUACCUGUGGCAGGGCUGGCAGCCUGAAGACACGCAGUGCACCGGCUCUGCAAAGAUACGCUGGAACAACGAGAGGAAAUGUGCCAUGGAGACGGUGCUGCAGUACUGCAAAGUGAAGAACCCUCGGCGCCCCCCUCUGGCCUAUCUGGUCCUAGCAGGCUGUGAACCUCUCACCUUUACCAACAUCUUUCCAUACUGGGAGAAGGACACCAGUAUCGCUUCAAAGAACUCCAAGAGCAAGGUGAUGUUAGUGAAGGAGGAGCUGUCCAAGCUCAGUAAGCAGCAGUACUCCAUCGAGGAGCUGACCAGUAAACCCCUUCCAGAGGGAGUAGACCCCCUACGCCUGGAGGAUUACCUGUCUGACCAGGACUUCAAGACACUUCUCGAGAUGAGUCGUGUUGAGUUCAACGCCCUGCCAAACUGGAAGCAAAAGAAUCUGAAGAAAAGCAAGGGCCUGUUUUAAAACACAUCAAUUUGUACACAAAUCUGGUUUUUUUUAUGUUCUCAGCAGCUUUUCUUACACCUUUUUUAUACCCAGAAAAAAAUGAUGUCCUCACUUUGUAAAGGAUAAAGAAAAGCAAAUGUACAAUUUUGUUCAAACUUUCAAAACUGAUCUAUUUUUCAUAACAGUGCCAUUUUUAAUGUGUCACUGAAAUAUUUUAGCCAACCAUUAUGUGCAAUUGUUAAACUUUUUAAUGAUAUUUUCCUUGUAUGGUUAAAAAUAGUUACCCCCUCAUUAUAAAUAUGUAAUAUACUAUAAAUGAAUGGAUGUGUUUUUUAUGUUUACCCCAGAUGGUGUCAAUUUCUGUGCGAGUGUGUUUGUAUAAAAAUUGCCUGCGGUUUUAAAACUGAGGGAAUUACUCUUCGAUUUUUAUAUGUCAUGGAUAAAGCCAGCUCUGUGUAAUGGGAUUAAAUUGUUCAGCAAAAAUGUCUCCACUUAAAAGUUGACAAAGAAAAGAAGCAAAACAAAUCAAAAUUCAGAGAAAAAAUCCAUGCAAUUUGUGGUCGUUUGAAAGAAACAUGGCGGUCUUUUGUAUUGGAGAUUGUAUUCUAGACAUCUGACUCCGCUCGUGCUGUAAUUGUGACAGCAAAAAUGUUCCGUUUUUAUCUUUUACUUUUGUGUUGUAACAGAUGUGUGUGUGCAGAGGUGGGUGUGACAAGGUGAACUUUAAAAGCCCAAAGAAAAUUGAAGCGUGAAACUCAGAUUUUGAAACCAUUACAUUCGUCACUGAAACUGACCCAUAAUAUUUUUCAAGUUCGGUACUGAAUACUUCCUGGUUCUUAUGAACAACUGCCUGUGUACCAGUGAUGGCAGCCCUCUGAUCAACUGGUUGUUUGGGACCAAAUCGGAUCUUCUUGUUGUGUGUGUGUGUGUAAAUGUGCAACUUUAAAAAGUAUUAAGCGUGUGUGGGGAAUGUAAGAGAGACAGCGAGAGAGUAACUGUGCUGUAUAAACUGCCUUUACAGCUAUAGCUGACGCCACAAAUGUAUACUGCUAAAACGUGUGCAUGUUAUGUGUUAAACAUACUGUUCAUAUGACUGCCUGCAAUGUCUGAAUUACAAAGUUCCCUGCAUGCUGUCCACGAAAAAAAAAAGUUUUGCUUAACAGACCUGUAUUAAUUAGUUUUUGUUGUGAUACUUAAGAUCUGCCUUGUACGUGGAGACCAGCUUCCAGGCCAGAUUUUAUUUCAUGGCACAUAAAAGAAAAACAUUGGUGGUGGGGAAGAUGAGAUAUUAAUGCUCAACUUUCCUUUUAAAUAAAGUAUUUUUAAAAAUG